CUCCUAUAGAGGCUGCGCUGUGACUGCCUUUUCCCUCUCCCUCCCUCCCCUCCUCCCAUAGCAUCACUAGAUGUGCCUGCCUGGGCUCCGGAGGUGAGGAGGGGAAGGACUCUCUGCAUUGGGGUGGGGGACAGCACCUGGCAGGCAGCUUAUGAGGCUGUAGGACCCCUUCUAUCCCUGGCCUCCAUUGUUCGCUGGAGAAUGAUUUGCGAAGGAGAAGACAUCGUCCAUAUCCUGUAGCAGCAGCAGCAGCAGCACAGGAGACCCUGCUGCGAACUAGCAUUGUGCACACUUGGAAACUGAACACUCACUUCCAAAAUGCCUGUAAGGAGGGGGCAUGUGGCCCCACAGAAUACAUUUCUUGGAACCAUAAUAAGGAAGUUCGAAGGACAAAAUAAAAAGUUCAUUAUCGCUAAUGCCAGGGUUCAGAACUGUGCGAUUAUUUACUGCAAUGAUGGAUUCUGCGAGAUGACGGGAUUCUCCAGGCCAGAUGUCAUGCAAAAACCGUGCACUUGUGACUUUUUACAUGGGCCAGAGACCAAGAGGCAUGACAUUGCCCAGAUAGCUCAAGCCUUGCUGGGAUCAGAGGAACGGAAAGUGGAACUCACCUACUAUCAUAAAGAUGGGUCAACAUUUGUUUGCAGCACACAUGUCAUUCCAGUGAAGAACCAGGAGGGUGUAGCCAUGAUGUUUAUUAUGAAUUUUGAAAAUUUGUCAAAGAUGGAAAGUCCAGAGUCCCCUGAGAAGAUAAGCCAAAUUCCUCCAAUUAAGGCAGAAAAUCGGAAAUUAUUUGGAUUCCGGCUACCGUCACUGAGACUCUUGAACUACAGAAAACAGUCGUUACCGCAGGAGGAUCCUGAUGCCGUCAUAGUGGACUCGUCCAAGCACAGCGAUGACUCUAUGGCUAUGAAGCACUUUAAAUCCCCUACGAAGGAAAGCUGCAGCCCAUCCGAAGCAGAUGAUACAAAAGCACUAAUUGACUCAAAUAAGUGUUCACCUUUGGUUAAUAUAACUGGACCUCUAGACCAUUCUUCACCCAAACGACAGUUUGACCAGCUUUUUCCAGAAAUGUUGCAUGAUGGAUCUCGCCUAUCUCAUGCACGGUCAAAAGAAAGUAUUUGUAGCAUGAGAAGAGCCUCCUCGGUGCAUGACAUAGAAGGAUUUAGCAUUCACCCCAAAAGUGUAUUUAGAGACCGCCAUGCAAGUGAAGGCCCUUUUAAUCAUAUCAAAUCCAGCCUUUUGGGUUCUACAUCUGAUUCAAACCUGAACAAAUACAGCACCAUCAACAAAAUCCCCCAACUCACUUUGAACUUUUCAGACAUAAAAAAUGAAAAAAAGGCAUCGUCACCUCCUUCUGAAAAAGCUAUUAUAGCACCCAAGGUUAAGGAACGAACACACAAUGUUACAGAAAAGGUUACGCAGGUGCUGUCACUGGGAGCUGAUGUGUUGCCAGAAUACAAACUACAAACACCUCGUAUGAAUAAGUUUACUAUUUUGCACUAUAGCCCUUUUAAAGCCGUAUGGGACUGGUUAAUUUUGUUGCUGGUUAUUUAUACUGCCAUCUUCACACCUUACUCAGCUGCCUUUCUACUGAAUGACUUAGAGGAGCAGAGGAGACGUGCGUGCGGAUAUUCCUGCAACCCCUUGAAUGUUGUAGACUUAAUGGUAGAUAUCAUGUUUAUUAUCGACAUCCUCAUAAACUUCCGGACCACAUAUGUUAAUCAGAAUGAAGAAGUUGUCAGCGAUCCUGCAAAAAUUGCAAUUCAUUACUUUAAAGGCUGGUUCCUAAUAGAUAUGGUUGCAGCAAUACCAUUUGAUCUUCUGAUUUUUGGAUCUGGCUCAGAUGAGACCACUACACUCAUUGGACUUUUAAAAACUGCAAGGUUACUUCGUUUGGUCAGAGUUGCAAGAAAAUUGGACAGAUAUUCGGAAUACGGUGCUGCUGUCCUUAUGUUGCUCAUGUGCAUUUUUGCAUUAAUUGCUCAUUGGCUUGCUUGCAUCUGGUAUGCGAUUGGCAACGUAGAACGACCUUACCUAAUUCACAAAAUUAGUUGGUUGGAUAACCUUGGGGAUCAAAUAAAGAAACCUUACAAUUACAGUGAUCCCAGUUCUGGACCAUCUAUCAAAGACAAAUAUGUCACUGCACUUUAUUUUACCUUCAGCAGUCUGACAAGCGUGGGUUUCGGAAAUGUGUCCCCCAACACCAACUCAGAAAAAAUCUUCUCCAUUUGUGUUAUGUUGAUUGGCUCAUUAAUGUAUGCAAGUAUUUUUGGAAAUGUAUCUGCAAUAAUCCAAAGAUUGUAUUCAGGAACAGCGCGGUACCAUAUGCAAAUGCUUCGAGUGAAAGAGUUCAUAAGAUUCCAUCAAAUUCCUAAUCCUUUACGCCAGAGAUUGGAAGAGUACUUCCAGCAUGCAUGGACUUACACCAAUGGCAUUGACAUGAAUAUGGUACUAAAGGGAUUUCCAGAAUGCCUGCAAGCUGAUAUUUGUCUGCAUCUCAAUCAAACAUUGCUACAGAACUGCAAGGCCUUCCAAGGAGCGAGUAACGGCUGUCUUCGAGCUUUAGCUAUGAAGUUUAAAACCACCCAUGCCCCGCCUGGAGACACUCUUGUCCACUCAGGAGAUGUGCUGACUGCAUUGUACUUUUUAUCAAGGGGUUCAAUUGAAAUCCUUAAAGACGAUAUAGUUGUUGCAAUUUUAGGUAAAAAUGAUAUUUUUGGAGAGAUGGUUCACCUUUAUGCCAAGCCAGGAAAAUCUAACGCUGAUGUACGAGCCCUGACAUAUUGCGACCUACAUAAAAUCCAGCGGGAAGACCUUUUGGAAGUUUUGGACAUGUACCCAGAAUUUUCCGAUCAAUUUCUCACAAAUCUAGAGCUGACUUUUAAUUUAAGGGAUGAAAACACAAAGGCUGCUCUCCUAAGAUCACAAGCAGAUGCUGACUUUGAUGGAGAGAACUGCAACCUUCGAAGAAGGAAAAUGUCUUUUAAAGGAAAAUCAGAUGGAGAUUGCAGUAAAGACAACAGUCAAGACGGUUCAGAGAAUUCAUUGGAUAACCCCAGACAUUAUUCCUACAAGAAGAAUCCGGAAAAAAAGAAAAGUGGGUCAUCAUCACAGGUCUCUUCCAUUACUGAGCAGAAGCCAUUAUUUGCUGAGCUGGCUAAUUUUAGCUCUGCUUUCCCAAAACCCGCAAGGCCACAGUUUGAAGAAGCAGUGUGUCCUUCUGAUACGUUCACUCUUACCCAAAGAAGUUUAUCAUACCGAGAUGUAGCGAGUAACAGGACCUGGGAGAGAGAAGCUGCUGUGCUGCACGAGGGUGUAACCACCAAUCACACAACAUUAAACAAUGUAGCCUGGGGAAUCUGUGAAGGCGACAAUGACCUGACAUAUGGAGAAGUGGAGCACAGGUUAGAUUUAAUGCAAGAACAGAUGAACAGGUUAGAAUCGCAAAUGACUGCUGAUAUCCAGGCUAUUCUCCAGCUCCUGCAGAGACAGUCAUCACUUGUUCCGCCAGCUUACAGCAUGGUAACAGCCAGUUCAGAAUAUCAGAGGCCAGCUGUCAGACAAGUACAGAGUGUACACCCCAGGUCAUCCAUCAAAACAGACAGGAGCUUCUCUCCAUCAUCCCAGAGCCCUGAAUUUGUAGACUUUGAAAUGUCCACACCAAAAUCCAAAGAAUCUCUCUCUAGUGGAAUCCAUCUAAAGACAACGUCCGAGGACAACCUGACUUCACUACCGAAUCAUGAGCAUGGAUCUCCGCUAGAGUUACCGUCGAGGCAUUGUACAUCAUAUCUCAACCCAAUGAGACACACAUCUUUGCCAGAUUCUUCUGUACACAACAAAGGGAACAUGUCCCUGCACAGGCACGAAUCUGACCCUGGUCUUCCUGGAAAGUAAUCCAAAAGAGUUCAUUUUAUAAGUACCUUCAGAAUAAAUUGUAAGUGCUUUUAAUGGCUGUUUUCCUCUCUGUAUUUAAAAUCCUCUUUACUUGACUCAGGGGCAAAAAAGAUUAUCUAAUAUGCAAUAGUACUGUAUAUUUUGAUACAUUUGAAGCUUACUAAAGGUACAUUUGAAAAGUCAUGAUGUAAUAUCAUGUAAAGACUUUAUGCUUAAAAAAUAUAAAACUGCCAGCAUCAAAAGGCACCUUAUAUUUUUUUAUUUUUAUUUUUUAACACUGCAUGUUACGAAGUUAGGUUUUAUCGCAUGAAGAAUGAUAUUAAAUUAUUUCUCGGAGAUAUAAUGUUAUUGUCUGAAUACUGUAAUCGGAAUUACUCUGUCUAAGGGAUAUGCAGACUGUUUGCCUCUUCCACUUUGAAUAAAAUUAAGGAAAACGCACAUUCUCAGUUGUGACAACAGCAAACAGAAGAAUAAAUUCCUUCCCUUUCCAAUGUCGGUUCAUUUAAACAGCAAUUAAUUUGUUGUUUGCCCAGUUAUGGUGCCUUCCGGCAUGCUCCCCCGGCAAACUGUAGAAGCUGGCAAUGCAUGGUGGAAGAAGAAGCAGGGCCAAUGAUAUACAGUAGGUGCAUGUUGUCUGAGAAUAGUUCAAGCUUGGAUUAGGCAACAUGUGGCUUUCUAACAGCUGCGGAAUUACAAGUAGUGACAUAAGCCUGUAUUUCUUAUUUAGUUAAAGAACCACAGGUUCGUUCCCCAUCUCUGGCCUAGACAAACUUUACUCUCUAGAAUGGAACCGCACUGCAUUUAAUUCUGUUGUGUAACAUCUCGUCAAUUAGUAAAGAUAAAAUAUGUAGUUAUAAACUCUUCUAAUUACAGAUUAAGGGGCCUAUUUGAGAUAUAGCCCAAGGAAACAGGUGUUUUCAGUGGGUACCUGCAAAUUUUACGUAUUCCCUGGAUGUAUCUACAGGGGACCACAGCUGAUAUCGGAAAUAUCUGCUGCGAUCCUGUUUUCAACAACAAAAGUAACCCCCAUUGAAACCUAUGGGGGCUGCUUUCUUGUUGAAUUUACCACGAUAGUUAUAAUAGCCUAUAUUCUGUAUUAAGUACCUGGAAGUGAUACUUACCACGGCACUCACCGCUCACACAUGGUGGUCAGUCAGCAGACUGUACGUGUGCAAUAGCAUGGCAGCCCCUGCAAAAUAAAGUAGGUCACUUUACAGGGAUGGGCUCUUAUUGAAGCCCCUGUUCCUGGAUAUAAUGAAUGAUACAUCCAGGUGGUACUUAGUUUCUUAUAGCGUCAAAAACCUGAUAAUAUAUACAUGGGUCCCUAAAGGAUGAAAAUGGUUAAAACAUAUAUUGUAUUAUGAUCUCUAAAAUAUAGAUGCAAAAGUUUAAGCACAGAAAUGAUUACAAUUAAUACAAUCAUGUAGUAGCAAUGUAGUUGUGUUUGUAAACAUGCACCCAUGAAACACAAAAUGGAAUUGCUACUGCAGACAUUGAUCCCAAGGUCUCCAGUUGAGUUACGGAUGAAGGCUUUAA